UCCUCCUCCUCCCUCUCCUCCCCACCCCUGCCCCAUUGAUGUGUUAUUAUUGGGGGGGCUGGAGCAGUAAAAAGAGAAGAAGGAAAAAAAGAGCGGGGCUCGGCUGGGAGAGGUUGAGCGCGGGGCUGACGGACAUCGGCGGCGAUGGAAGAACUUACGGCGUUCGUCUCCAAGUCUUUUGACCAGAAAGUGAAGGAGAAGAAGGAGGCGAUCACGUACCGGGAGGUGCUGGAGAGCGGGCCUCUGCGCGGGGCCAAGGAACCGACCGGCUGCGCAGAGCCGGGCCGCGACGACCGCAGCAGCCCGGCAGUCCGGGCGGCCGGCGGAGGCGGAGGCGGAGGAGGCGGAGGAGGUGCAGGAGGAGGAGGAGCAGGCGGAGGAACUGGAGGAGGGCGCUCUCCCGUCCGGGAGCUGGACGUGGGCGCCGCCGAGAGAAGCAGGGAGCCGGGCAGCCCGCGGCUCACCGAGGGUAGAACGAGGCCAAGGCAGAUCAAGGUCCAGGCUACGCUGUUUCUCUCGGGAGACGCGUUAGGCUCCUUUUUUUUGUCGCCAGAGCUGAAGGAUCGAAAAGAGGAUGCGAAAGGGAUGGAGGACGAAGGCCAGACCAAAAUCAAGCAGAGGCGAAGUCGGACCAAUUUCACCCUGGAACAACUCAACGAGCUGGAGAGGCUAUUUGACGAGACCCACUACCCGGACGCCUUCAUGCGCGAAGAACUGAGCCAACGGCUAGGGCUCUCCGAGGCCCGAGUGCAGGUUUGGUUUCAAAAUCGAAGAGCUAAAUGUAGAAAACAAGAAAAUCAACUUCAUAAAGGUGUCCUCAUAGGAGCUGCUAGCCAAUUUGAAGCAUGUAGAGUGGCACCCUAUGUCAACGUAGGUGCUUUAAGGAUGCCAUUUCAGCAGGAUAGUCAUUGCAACGUGACGCCCUUGUCCUUUCAGGUUCAGGCGCAGCUGCAGCUGGACAGCGCCGUGGCGCACGCGCACCACCACCUGCACCCGCACCUGGCCGCGCACGCGCCCUACAUGAUGUUCCCGGCGCCGCCCUUCGGACUGCCGCUCGCCACGCUGGCGGCGGACUCGGCCUCGGCCGCGUCUGUGGUAGCUGCCGCCGCCGCCGCCAAGACCACCAGCAAGAACUCCAGCAUCGCAGAUCUCAGACUGAAAGCCAAAAAGCACGCGGCUGCCCUGGGUCUGUGACGCCAACGCCAGCGCCAACGUCGCGCCUCCAGCGUGGCGCGCAGCCUGCACGCCCUCCGCGCCCCGCUGCUCCUCCGUUACCCUCUCCGGACCUCCGGCGCCGAGCCUCCUUCCGCCCGCUGAUCGCCCCUUGCCCCCUUCCGCAUCCCGGGCUCGGAGGGCCGGACUCCGCGCGGGACCCGGGAUCCCACGUGGCACGCCAGCUCCGUGGCUCCUGACUAUUCACCUACCUAAGGGCCUAGAAUUCGCCUUUGUAGGGGCGGGCUGGGGAAGUCUGGAGAGAGACGGGAUGAGGGAGUGCUGGGACAGCGCAGUGUGGCUGACGGCAAAGGUGCACCGGUGGACUCCGGCAUAGAAAGAAACAUCAUGUUAAUAAAAAAUGAGUACAAAAAAAGAGUAGAAAAGACAAACCAGAGAGAAAAAGAGCAAGGGAACUUAUUGCUAUUUGACAGAAGCUGAAAUCGGAGAGAGAACCAUGGAACAAACUUUUAGAAAGUAAAGUAUUUUAUACAUUUAACAAUACGGAAAAAUAACCAGGAUGAAUCUCGAGAGAAUGGGGGAGAGUUACCAACUGUAGUGUAUGUUUUUUUUUUUUUAAUGGGCUGAGAAGACAAAACGGAAAGAAGAAUACUUAUUUAAAGACUUAAGAUGAAACAAAAGUGCGCAGCUGGGAAGUUCACGGGUUUUGAAACUGACCUUUUUCUGCGAAGUUCACUUUAAUACAAGAAAUUUGAUGAGAGGCGGGCCUCCUUUUACGUUGAAUCAGAUGCUUUGAGUUAAAAGCCACCACGUGUGGAAGACCAAGAAGAGGGAAGGCAGUAUAAAAACGAGGAGAGAACAAAUAUAAAUGCAGAAAGCUGACACUACAGACAGCGAUUUCGCUGAGCAAUUGUCAUGGCAGAACUGUGCAGACUGCCACAGUCAAUUCCGGUGUGCAUGUUACUUGUGUUCCAUUGAUGGCGUCUCCCCCUCCCGGCUUUGCUCACAUGCACUUACUCCAUUUUCAUCUCCAGUAAGAAAAACAACACCCAAAGCGUCUGGAAAUUGAUAUAUAUCUAUAUAUAUUUUUGCCCCGUCGUUGAUCCUGGGUGACAAAAAAGUCGGAAGGGAAAAAAUUUACACUCUGAUUAUCCCAAGAAAAUAUGGGGAAAGGAAAAAGGAAAACAAGAAGACCCAAUGAAAUGAAGGUACAGCGCCUCACGCGGGGCCUGACAUACAGUAGGCGCUCAGUGUUAGUCCCCUCCCCCGCCCCUUUCUUGACUUCCCUCUUGCUGAUUUCCUGAAGUCCUAUUUGAGGACUGCUUUAUUUCCCCCUCUCUAUCCUGUCACACCUUAAACAACACCCAGCUACAUACAGGCACUAGGUUUGUGUAAAAUAUGUUGAUACACACGAACAAAGUUUAUUUUGGCUAUAAUGUGUGAACUGAUGGCUGACUUUCAACAUUUGCAUUUUAUCUCACGAAGGUGUAUAUUCAAGUAAUUUUUUGUUUCAAUUCAUGUAGCUAUUUAAACUGGGGUACCCUGGACUAAGCAAUCUGUAUCCCAAUUCUCUAGAAGUCCUCCUUAGUUUUUUUUUUCCCCCUUCUAAUUUACAAGAAAGAGGAAAAGCUCUUUUAACUGAACUUUGGUAUGCGGUUGAGCUUUGUAACUAUUUGUUCUCCAUGAAAACAAAAUUAUUUAUAUUUGCCAUAUUUUUUCUAGUGUAUUAAGUUAUUUUAAACAAAAGAUGCUGUUAUUUCAUGACGUGUUGUCGGUACAAAAUGUUUCGGUUUCACCUCUGUUAAACCUUUUAAAGAAGUGCCAAGUUAUUAAUUGAAGACACUUUGCGAUCAACUGAAUGAAAAUAGUAUUGUUUCAUUCGAUGGGGUGCGCGUCAUCUUUGUUCCUGUUACUAUUAAACUA